AUGUGGAUCUCAUGGAAAACUUCUCUGACUGUCGUCAUCACAUUCCUUCAAAUCCAAGCUCUGCUCAGCAUCAAAACUACAGCAGUUACCGGCGUGGAGGGUCAGAUGUUUGAGUUCAGGUGUCAUUAUUCAGUUCGCUGGGAAAACAACUCUAAAUACGUCCGCCAUUUGGAUGAUGAAGGCUCCAGUGAUGAUGAGAUACUACAGAUCAACAGUCGUGACAAGUGGGAAACAAAAGGACGCUUCUCUGCGUUCGACAACACCUCCGGGGCUUUCUUCAUCRUCAGGGUGGAUAAACUCUGUCCUACAGACAGCGGGACGUACUGGUGUGGAGUUAAACUCACAGACCAGCCUGAUGAUAUCAGCGUGAUCCAGCUCAGUGUUUCCCAAGUGACUGAAAUGUCUGAGGAUACCAAGGGCUACACUGUUCACAAAAUCACCCUGCAGCUGUUCCUGACCGCCAUGCUGUGCAUUGCAGCGAUGCUCUUUCCGUCAGAAGAUUAUGAGACGAUGAUGCCUGGUGGUGCACAAGCUGAACCCCAGCCCUGUUGCUACUGUCCACAUGGAGACUGCACUGAUUUUUCAACGAUACCGAGACCCACAGCUGACCUCUGCUCCCACCAGGUCUCAUGUGGCCAACGUGAGUCUGUUGUCUCCUUGAGCCACGGGGAUUAUGUGGACGUGGACGUACCGGGACACGUCUGCCAGUAUCACCAUCUGGACCGCAGCCAACUGGAGGAGCACGUAUACCACAGUCUUCAUGGAAACCCCGGCACCAAACCGAUUGUAUGA